GCGGGAGGCUGGCCUCGCGGCGGGGGCGGAGGCCCGAAGACUUUGAGGGGCUCGGCGGCGCGGCUGGGGCGGGAGACAGACGGGCUGCGCCGCGUGCCUUGUCUGUUUGAGGCCGUGGCUUGGAGGCACUUUGGAUUCCCCGACUCGUGGUUGCUCUGGGCGGUGGGCGGGCGAGUGAGGGAAAGGAAGGGACUUCCGUUUCCUUCUAGGCUGGGGCCUGGCCGCCGAGAGGAGUUGGCACUUCCAGAUUGGGGCUUGGGCCGCCCCUCCUCCAGGACCCUCCCCUCAGCACCGCGCGGGGCGCCUCGGGCGAUCUAGGCCGGCUCUCCUGGCGCGGUGGGUACUGCCCGGGCGGGCUUCCGCCUCCCUCCCCUUUCCUUCUCUCCCCUCCCCUCUCCUUCUGUCUUCCCUUCUCUUCUCCCCUCCUUCUCCUUGGGCCCCGCGCUGCGAGGGAGGGCAGGGGGGCAGCCCCUGCCAGGCGCGAGUGGCCCGCCCGGGGUUCGUGCCCAGGCUCCCGGGACUGGCGAAGAAAGGCAUGGGUGGCUUCAGGCCGCCUGCGUGCCUCCUCAAACCCCGUGACCCCUAAGGUAAAACGAGUCGAAGAACUUUUUUUAAAAAAUGAUCUAAGGGGACCCCCCGCCCCCCCCCAUCUGAUGCCUGUGCCAGGGUAUGGAGCUGGGUGGAGUGUGUCUGGUAAGAGCAUGUGAACAGAAAGAAUAGAAGCCAAAGACCUUCCGGAAGAGGAAAUUAGCUAGUAAUUCUUUCCAACCUUUGUCACCUCCCCAGCAUAUUCUAAAAGGUGGACAAGUCCUAUUUUCAAGAGAAGAUGACUUUUAACAGUUUUGAAGGAUCUAAAACUUGUGUACCCGCAGACAUCGAUAAGGAUGAAGAAUUUGUAGAAGAGCUUAAUAGAUUAAAAACUUUUGCUAAUUUUCCAAGUAGUAGUCCUGUUUCAGCAUCAGCACUAGCACGAGCUGGUUUUCUGUAUACUGGGGAAGGAGACACCGUGCGGUGCUUUAGUUGUCACGCAGCAGUAGAUAGAUGGCGAUAUGGAGACUCAGCAAUUGGAAGACACAGGAAAGUAUCCCCAAAUUGCAGAUUUAUCAAUGGCUUUUAUUUGGAAAACAAUGCUGCACAGCCUACAUAUUCUGGUGUCCAAAAUGGUCAGUACAAAGCUGAAAACUAUCUGGGAAACAGAAAUCAUUUUGUUUUAGAAAGGCCAUCUGAGACUCAUGCACACUAUCUUUUGAGAACUGGACAAGUUGUAGAUUUAUCAGAUACUGUAUACCCAAGGACCCCUGUCAUGUGUAGUGAAGAAGCUAGAUUAAAGUCAUUUCACAACUGGCCAAACUAUGCCCACUUAACCCCAAGAGAGUUAGCUCGUGCUGGACUCUACUACACAGGUAUUGACGAUCAAGUAGAGUGCUUUUGUUGUGGUGGGAAGUUGAAAAAUUGGGAACCUUGUGAUCGUGCAUGGUCAGAACAUAGGCGACACUUUCCUAAUUGCUUCUUUGUUUUGGGCCGGAAUAUUAAUAUGCAAAGUGAAUCCACUAUUGUGAGUUCUGAUAGAAAUUUCCCAAAUUCAACAAAUGCUCCAAGAAAUCCAGCCAUGGCAGAUUACGAAGCACGGAUCAUUACAUUUGGGACGUGGAUGUACUCGGUUAACAAGGAGCAGCUUGCAAGAGCUGGAUUUUAUGCUUUAGGUGAAGGUGAUAAAGUACAGUGUUUUCACUGUGGAGGAGGGCUAAAUGAUUGGAAACCCAGUGAAGACCCUUGGGAACAACAUGCUAAGUGGUUUCCAGGCUGUAAAUAUCUGUUAGAAGAGAAAGGACAAGAAUAUGUAAACAAUAUUCAUUUAACCCAUUCAAUUGAGGAGUCUUUGGCGAGAACUGCUGAAAAAGCACCAUGGUUAACUGAAAGAAUUGAUGAUAAAAUAGUCCAAAAUCCUAUGGUACAAGAAGCUAUACGAAUGGGAUUCAGUUUCAAGGACAUUAAGAAAACAAUGGAGGGGAAAAUUCAGACAUCUGGGAGCAACUACAAAUCACUUGAGGUUCUGGUUGCAGAUCUAGUGAAUGCUCAAAAAGACAAUACACAAGGUGAAUCAAGUCAGACUUCAUUACAGAAAGACAUUAGUACUGAAGAGCAGCUAAGGCUCCUACGAGAGGAGAAGCUUUGCAAAAUCUGUAUGGAUAGAAAUAUUGCUGUCGUCUUUAUUCCUUGUGGACAUCUGGUCACUUGUAAACAGUGUGCUGAAGCAGUUGACAAGUGUCCCAUGUGCUACACAGUCAUUACUUUCAAGCAAAAAAUUUUCAUGUCGUAAUCUAACUACAGUAGGCGUCUUAUGUUCUUAUUACCCUGAUUGAAUGUGUGAUGUGAACCAACUUGAAGAAAUCAGCAUUGAAUUCCAUUAGCAUUUGCUGCCAAGUAGGAAGAAAGUGUAAACUGCGAUGUUAUAGUUGGCAGUCUAAAAUUUGAAUUUCUGGAUUUUUCAGGAUGUUAACUGUAUUAGCUGUUCUAUUUUUCUCCCACUGUUAUUUAAUUGAAACCCUAGACUAAGAAGCAUCAUAACUGAUCACAAUGUGUGUUUUAUAGUACACUGACUUAGUUUUCUAAAUGUAAGUGAAUUAAUCAAUUGAAUUUUUCAUUCAUUUUGGAUAGGCUUAACAAAUAGAGCAUUCUGUAUGAAUGGAGAUUAGAGUUAAUCUCCCCAAUCACAUAAUUUGUUUUGUGUGAAAAAGGAAUGAACUGUUCCACAUUGGUGGAAAGAUGGAGAUGAUUUUUAGAUGUUUGUGUUUUAGGAUUUUGUCCAUUUUCUUUUAAAUUAUACACAUGUACUUGGGUGGAUGAUUUUUUUUUAAUGAUUUUGCCAUUGUUAAAAGGGUAUUUAAUGAUUGAAUACCAUUUAGCCUACAUGUACUGACAUAAAAAGACAUCAGAGGUAUAUUAAGUGUAAAAUCAAAUGGCAAAAUACUAUGUGUAGAAUGAGCCAAGUGAAGGUGUGUGUAUUUUAUAUACGUGUAGAACAGAAGAUUGGAAAGCUAGGCACCAAACUGUUAAAUGUGGUUUCUCUUGAAAGGGGGUGGGGGGAUGGGUCCCAGAGGGGCUUUAUAGGGGCCUUUCACUUUCUACUUUUUUCAUUUUGUUCUGUUUGAAUUUUUUAUAAGUAUUAUUACUUUUGUAAUCAAAAAUUUUAGAAAGUAUUUUACUGAUUUAAAGGCUUAGGCAUGUUCAAACGCCUGCAAAACUACUUAUUGCUCAGCUUUAGUUUUCCUAAUCCAAGAAGGCAGGGCAGUUAACCUUUUUGGUGCCAAUGUGAAAUUUAAAUGUUUAUAUGUUUUUCCUGCUUUGUGAAUGAAAAAUAUUUCUGAGUGGUAGUUUUCUGACAGGUAGACCAUGUCUUCUCUUGUUUAAAAAUAAUAUUCCUGAUUUUGUAAAAUGAAAUAUAAAAUAUGUCUCAGAUCUUCCAAUUAAUUAGUAAGGAUUCAUCUUUAAUCCUUGCUAGUUUAAGCCUGCCUAAGUCACUUUACUAAAAGAUCUUUGUUAACCCAGUAUUUUAAACAUGUCAGCUUAUGUAGGUAAAAGUAGAAGCAUGUUUGUACACUGCUCGUAGUUAUAGUAACAGCUUUCCAUGUUGAGAUUCUCAUAUCUUGUAUCUUAAAGUUUCAUGUGAAUUUUUACCAUUAGGAUGCUUAAGAUGUAUAUAGGAUAAAAUGUCAAGUCUUCACCUAAGUUUUUUGUUUUCUUGUCUAGUAAUAAUAGCAGAUACUUCUGGAAUGUUCUCCCAAGAUCCUUAAAAACUUCUUGGAAAUUAUAAAAUACUGACAAGAAAAGAAGAAUAGUUUUUUGAAUAUUAAAGAGGGUAAGAAUCAAUAUAGGUUAAAAAGAUAAAAGUUUAAAAAUGCUUCAUAGAACACCCAGGCAAAGAUCCUCACAACAAUCUGUUGUAGAGGUGAGUGAGGCAUUUUACUGUAGAGAAAAGGUUGAGAGUAAAACUGUCAGAAGUUAUAUUUUUGUUGUAUUUUCUAAGAGAAAGAGUAUUGUUAUGUUCUCUUAACCUCUAUUAAUUACUACUUUGAUAUUCAUUUAAAGCAUUGCAAAUUUAAAUGAGAAUUUUUGAAGUCAAAUAAUGACCACCCUGUUUUUGUUGUACAAUGUAAAUCCUCAGUUCUUUACUUUUGCACUUUCUUCCACUUAGAUUUAGUUAUAUAUUCAUUAAAAGUUAAAUUUUAUAUGUAUAAGCUAAGCUUUAAAUUUAAACUUAAAUUACAAGGGGAGAAAAGUGUUAAAGGUUUAAAAAUGUGUUUUCCAGGACACGUCAGCUCCAAGUCAGGUAGUUGGUUCAAUCUAGUUGUCCAAGGACUGAAUUGUUUUAACAUAAGGUUUUCCAGUUCUGGGAGCCUCAGUUCUUUAAAACUCUUAAAACUUGUAUGUUUAGACUUAGGUAAAACCUUUUUUCUCCCCAUCAGUUGUGAAAUUUAAUGUAUGAAGCUGAUGUGGCUAACAAGUUUAUUUUAAGAAUUGUUUAGAAAUGCUGUUGCUUCAGGUUCUUAAAUCACUCAGCACUCCAACUUCUAAUCAAAUUUUUAAAGACUUACCAAUGUUUGCCUGUGUUUGCACUGAAAACCUCCAAUUAAAAUAAAUAAAUUUAUAUUUUAAAAAUCUAACAACAACAAAAAAAAUAACUCCAGAUGAUCCCUGCUGCUACUGCUGCUGCUAGUCGCUUCAGUCAUGUCCGACUCUGUGCGACUCCAUAGACGGCAGCCCACCAGGCUCCACUGUCCCUGGGAUUCUCCAGGCAAGAACACUGGAGUGGGUUGCCAUUUCCUUCUCCAAUGCAUGAAAGUGAAAAGGGAAAGUGAAGUCACUGAGUCGUGUCUAACUCUCAGCGACCCCAUGGACUGCAGCCUACCAGGCUUCUCCGUCCAUGGGAUUUUCCAAAUGAUCCCUAGCCUUGAAAAAUAAAGCACGAGGGAGAGAGACUGAAAAAAAAAAAAAGCACUGGAUCCUUCUCAUCUAUUUGUGCAAAGAAUGAUCACUUGCAAGGUCAAAAAUAUAGCCAGAUCCAAAUCUCUGCCUCCCCCUUCCCAAAAUAGUUCUCAGUAUCUCCAUGUAGACUUCCUUUUCUGUAUAAAGUUCACUCUAAGAUUUCAAAGGCACUGCCUAUUUUACUACGUUUUAGUCAUGUGAAGAGUUAAGUUGUUUUGUAAUAAAUAAUUGUCUUUUUUCAUAAUAAUCUGGUAUGCUAAUCAAAAGCCUUGUCUUAAUUUUUGAGAAAUGAGUUUAGUGUUUAUAAAGUAAAUUCCAGUUUAUUAAGUAAUGGCUUUGUAUUACCUUUCCUGCUAGAUUUUUGUUUAUUUUCCCUUGUGUUAGGGGCUAAGAUGGAGUAGGUGUAGUGAAUGUAUGUGAUGUGAUUUGGCCCUGUGUAUUAGAAUCUUUUGUUGUUUUUUCACUUAAAUGUUGGUAGUUUUCUUCCUGGUUUUCAUUUUAGUGGAUAAAAUUGGUAUUUUAAACUCUGAAUGGAGACUACCACCACAGCAUUAGUUCCACGUAUUGUAUCCUUUAGACUGAAAUCAUUGUUUUAUUUCCUGAUUACCCAGUUGGUUGAAUAUGGGGAAAAGGGGUGGAGGGGUUGGAGAAAUAGGAUAGGUUGUAUAUCGUUUCAAUUAGAGAAAGAAGAAAAUGGGACUGAAUAUUUGACAGAUAUGAUUUUUAGCCACAUCUGGUUUAGAAAAGAGGUAACCAUUUCUUCAUCUAUGAAAUGCAAAUAGUACCUGUCUUACAAAAUUAUAAGAGUUGAGGUGACCGUAUGUGUAAAAUACUUGUUAUAAAUGUUAAUUCCCUUCCUAACACUUUUUUGCUUCCAUGGAUUAGCCUUGACUCUGGAAAUUAGGGCUAAAACUUAGAUAAUAACUCUUUCACUGACUCUUAAUUCAUCUUUCUCGUUGUUUGUCAUAGUUAAGAUGCAAAGUACAGUACACAAGUAGGUCAAAUCCUUAAAAAUAUUUAAAUUCCUUUUUUAAAAGCUUAAAACAAUAUUCUUACCAAAUUUAGUUGAGCUUUUCUAAUAGAAACAAUUGGCUUAGUCCCACUUUUAUAAUCAGUUUGUUUGACUUAUAAACUUAGCACAAUGUGAAUUUCACUUGCAGCACAACAGAAUCAUAGGAUGUCAGAGCUAGAAGUGACCUUAGAGAGUAUCUAAUUCAUCCCCCUUGUUUUAAGAUGAACCAUCUGAGGCUCAAUGGUGAAAUGAUGUGUUCAAAGCUAUAUAACUAAUUAGUGAUAGCCCAGACUGGGACAUAGUUUGAUGGUGAAAAACUUCAAGCUACCCCUCCAGGGAGGUCUCAAAUGUUUAUUUUUUUCAACUAUUCUUUAUUCUAUACCAUAACAUUCACUACAUAUUAAAUGACACUUUAUAACUAAUACGGUAGGACAAUCUUAAAUACAUAUGGCUUCAAAUUGUACAAUACUACAUUGUUUCGGUGCUAAGAUUCUAUUUUGAAGUCUAAAGUUUGCAGAAAUGCAUAUAGAUUUUUUUGCAUUUACUACAUUCUUCUUGUGUAUCAUUAAUUGUGUAUCAUGUAAAAUGACUAUGUAAGUAUAUUUUGUCAUUCUGUUUAUACUUAGCAACAAAUUUGCAUUUUUAUUUGAUAUAACAAAGGCUUUAAUGUAAUUUUUGUUAGAAGAUUUUGCAUUACCUUUAUACUUUAUAUCUAACCGGACAGAAUGACUGAUUCUUAUGUCAUUGUAAUAGUGUUGUAAAUAAUCACGUGAAAUGUGUGAGAUAGAGUACUAUAUUUGUGAAUAUAAUUUUAUGGCUGUUUUCAUUUAGUAGAAACCUUUCCAUCGGUAUGGAAAACUAAGAAAAUUGCUUUCUACUGUAUAAUCUGGCAGUCAUCAUAGAUUAAAGCUUAUUUUUCUGUGACUAAAAACUUAUCCAAUAAAGCACUAUUCUUUAAAAUGG